GGGACGGAACCCGCACAUGUCAUGUCACACAUCCAUCCCGUUGUUCUUCUCCAUAAACGCAAAGCUGAAUGAUUAGAUUGGAUUUCCAUCCCCAUGUCCUUCCACCUAUCCAUCUUCUUCCAAGAGAGUCGACUCCUCCAUCGAUCCCCAGCAAUGGCACGUUACUCGUCCUCCUCCCGCCUCCGCGUCCUCGACAUCGCCGUCGUCACGCCGUCCGGCCCGCCGCUGCCGCCGUCCUCCCUCCCGCUCACCUUCCUGGACCUGCAGUGGAUCCAUUCCCCGCCCGUCGAGCGCAUCUUCUUCUACCACAUCGGCGCCGCCCAUGCCGACCUCGUCGUCUCCAGCCUCAAGGCCUCGCUCUCCACGGCCCUCCGCGUCUUCUUCCCGUUCGCCGGCCGCCUCCGCGCCACCACGGCCAACGGCCGCCCCGACAUCUUCUACGAGCCCGGGGACGGCAUCACCUUCACACUAGCCGAGUACGACGCCGACCUCAGCGACCUCGCAUCCGACCAUCAACCCAGGCAGGUCGCUGAGUUCGUCCAGUUCGUCCCGCGUCUUCGGCACGCCGACGCCGACGGAGGCGCUGCGCUUCUCUCCGUGCAGGCUACCGUCCUGCUGCCGCGCGGCGACCUCGCGCUCGGCGUCACCGUGCACCACGCCGCCUGCGACGGCGCGGGCUCCACCAGCUUCCUCCACACCUGGGCGGCCGCCUGCGCCGGAGCGGACAAGCCGCUCCCGCCGGCUCCUGUCAUCGACCGGACGCUCAUCACCGAGUCGGCAGGCCUCUACGAACACUACACGAACAACCUGAUGAGCGCCGACGAGAUCGAGUUCGUGAAGAUGUCGCCGGACCAGCUCCUCGCCACGUACACCCUUUCCAUGGAGCAGCUGCAGGGCGUCAAGGACGCCGUAGCCGGCGAGGCCGCGCGGCGUGGCCAGACGCCGCCAAGGUGCUCAACGCUCGUCGCCGCCUUAGGCUUCGUCUGGUCUUGCUACCGCCGAGCCAAAGCAGAGACCGGUGACGGCGCUGCGGAUCCCGAAUCACCAACAUACUUCAUCGUCCCCGUGGACUACCGGCAGUGGAUGGAGCCGCCGGUGCCGGCGACGUACCUGGGCAACUGCAUCGGCCCGGCCAUCGGCGCAGCGGCCAAGGGGGAGGUCGCCUCGGCCGGCGCCGAAGGGCUCUUCACGGCGUGCGCGGUGAUAGCGGCGGGCAUCGAGAAGGCGGUGGCGUCGCCAGAGUGGGAGACGACGGUGGAGCGCGUCAAGGAGGCGGGGGCGCGCGGCGUGCUGUCCGUGGCCGGGUCGCCGAGGCUCCGUGUGUACGACGUCGACUUCGGGUUCGGCCCCCCGGCGAAGGUGGAGAUCGUGUCCGUGGCGAGGACCGGGGCCAUGGCGGUAGCGGAGAGUCGCAGGGGAGGCAUGGAGGUGGGCAUGUCGCUGCCGCCGGCCGGCAUGGCGGCGUUCCGGAGGUGCUUCGCCGAUGCCGUCGCGUGGCUCUCGUCGUCGCUCAGUACAGACACUCGUUGAUGGAUUGCCAAGUUACUGUCAGUGAGUCACCAUCCAUGCCAUGCCUAGCUCCUGGUCUGAGUGUGUCGAAGUGAUCGUGUUUUGUGCUUUGAUUGAGUGACUACUUAAAAUGGCCUUGUUGAAUGGUUGUUGACAAAAGGGACCAGCCUGCCGUGUCGUAUGGGGAUUUUAUCCUGUCGUGUCAUAUGGAUAUGGGUGGUCUAAAAAAUAAAUGAUUUUCUAUUUUGUUUAGCACUAUAUAAAUUCAUUAUAAUGGACAAAGAAAAGAAAAGGAGAAUCAGAGGACUGACAA